AUGCCGCGAAACUAUAAGAGAAAAUCCGUCACCAAUUAUAGCGAAGAACUAAUGGAAAAAGCCAUUACAAAAAUUAAAGCUGGCGAAUUGAGUUGCAAGCGAGCUGCAGAUUUAUACUGUAUACCUCGAAAGACACUAGGAGGAAGAAUUCAAUAUCCAGAAAGGGUAGCUAGGGCUGCAAUGAAAGUAAAGGGAAAGUUGUUUAAUUACUGGUCGUCAACAGCAACAAAAUCCUCAAUUUCUCACGACAAAGAAAACAAAUCAAAUCUUGUUGAAGUUGAUAAAUCAAAAACUUUAUUUCACGUAGCCUCUGAUGAAAUUGACUUUGUAGCAGAACCAUCUCAAGUAACCAAAUCAAGUACUGCAGAUUUAAUUGUGCGAUGUGCUAAGACGGAGAGAAAAGUUCAAGAUUCACUAAAACAAGAAAAUAAUUUGAUUAAUGGAGAUUUAAUUGGGUUGAUGAAGAGAAAAGAAUGCGGACAGUUAACAUCGGCGCAAGAAAAUAUGCUUAUAGAAAAGAAGAAGAAGAAAAAAGAACUGGAAAAGAACUUAAAGAAGAAAAAAGAUUCAAUGUUGAGAAGCCGGAAGCUCAGAAGUAAUUGGAGGGAAGGCUUAAAAAAGCUAUGCAAAUCAUCUCCAUCAGCAAAAAAGACUCUCCACCUUCAAAUGACAAGUGGGCGUCCACGAAUUGAAGAAGAACAACCGGAUUUACUAAAAACUAUUUGUGACAUUGCUCUUUACGGUUCAGCAGCUCAUGAAAAAAGAAGAGAUGCUGUUGUUAGAAGUACAAAAACGUUAAGUGAAUUGACUGAAACUUUGAAAGAGCUAGGUUUUCAAGUUAGUAGAAGCGGUACUUAUCUUCGAUUGAAUCCAAGAAACAGCGCAACUUAAGAAGGGAAGAGGCAUAUAAAAACUGUCCUAGUUAAGUUAAUUAGAUCCCAAAAUGAUAAGCAUGCCAAACAUAUUGAUAGGAAAUUCUGUACAGAAACAAUGAGGCGUCUUGAAGACAUAUCAUCUCUCCUUGGUCCAAAAGAAGUUUUUUUUCUCAGUCAGGACGACAAA